UCGCCCAGCCCCACGCAAUCCAGGGCCAGAGGCUGUGUGCGCAGCGCUCGAAUAUAUCCACAGACGGUGCUGCGCGGCAUUUCUGAGUGUUACGGCGCCCUCCUCCCGCCCCCGCGCCGCGCGGGCGGGGACCCACCGGUUUUGCUCCGCUUUAGCAGCGGCGAAGGGAGGACCCCCGGGAGCCGGUCCCCGGCAUCCGGUCGCCCAGCCCUUUUCAGGCUUGGGCCCGCAUGGAGGGGACCGUGGAGUCCCAGACGCCUGACCUGCGGGAUGUGGAGGGUAAGGUGGGCAGGAAGACCCCUGAAGGGCUGCUCCGCGGGCUGCGAGGCGAGUGUGAGCUGGGAACCUCUGGCGCCCUGCUGCUCCCAGGGGCGCCUAGCACCGGCCACGACUUGGGGGACAAGAUCAUGGCGCUGAAGAUGGAGCUGGCUUACCUGCGAGCCAUCGAUGUGAAGAUCCUGCAGCAGCUGGUGACCUUGAAUGAGGGCAUCGAGGCAGUGCGCUGGCUGUUGGAGGAGCGGGGGACGUUGACCAGUCAUUGCAGCAGCCUCACCAGCAGUCAAUAUAGCCUGACAGGCGGGAGCCCAGGCCGCUCAAGGCGAGGCAGCUGGGACAGCCUGCCAGACACCAGCACCACUGACCGGCUGGACAGUGUCUCUAUUGGCAGCUUCCUGGACACAGUGGCCCCCAGCGAGCUGGAUGAACAGGGCCCACCUGGGGCUCCACGUCCUGAGAUGGACUGGGCAAAAGUUAUAGCUGGUGGAGAGAGGGCCAGGACUGAGGUGGAUGUGGCAGCCACCAGGCUAGGAAGCUUGAGAGCUGUGUGGAAGCCCCCAGGGGAGAGGCUUCAAGGUGGACCACCUGAGUCACCAGAGGAUGAAAGUGCCAAGCUGGGCUUCGAGGCCCACUGGUUCUGGGAGCAGUGCCAGGAUGAUGUGACCUUCUUGUAACAACUAUUCCACCCUUUUGUAAUCCUGUGGCUCUUUUAUCCAUUAGCUGUGGUCUCCCCCAAAAUUGAUUCUCCCUCAGUCUGAGACUAGGAAGAGGCUGCACUGAAAUCAGUUACCAUGGAAACCUGGCUCAUCAUUUCUCUAGUCCCUAGGGAGUCUCUGCCUUUAUCCCUCAAUUAUUGGGUCCCUAGAGCUAGCUUGCUCUUUCUUUCUUUUUUUUUUUUUUGAGACAGGGUCUUAUGCUGUUACCCAAGCUAGAGAGCAGUGGCAUGAUCACAGCUCACUGCAGCCUUGACCUGGGCUCAAGCGAUCCUCCUAUUUCAGCCUCCCCCAUAGUUAGGACCACAGGCAUGCACCACCAUGCCCAGCUAAUUUUUUAAUUCUUUUUUUUUUUUUUUUUUGUAGAGAUAGGGUUUCUCUAUGUUGCCCAGGCUGGUCUCAAACUCCUGGGCUCAAGGGAUCCUCCCGCCUCAGCCUCCCAAAGUGCUGGGAUUAUGCCCAGCCCCUAGAGAUAUUUCUAUAGAGAUAUCGACUCUAAAGGAUUGACUUAUGGCUUUUGGUGUUUAGUAUCUCUCACUACUCCCCCCAGCUAAGUAAGGAUUUAAGGAAUUUAGGACUCCCUGGAGUUAACAGAUGAAGAGAUGGGGGUAUAAUUACUUCACCCAAAGUCUAGAAGCCUUGGCCCCUCUCUUGGCCAAGAUGGAGGAUUGAAGAGGGACAUGGACCUUCAGGACUAACCCUCUAUGGAUUGGCCCCCCCAGAAGCGUUUGGGCUGGUAGACCCACCCCUUCCUACCUGCUGAGUGAUAUCAUUUCCUGCCAGGAUGGGUAGCCCUUUGUACGGGUUCUUGGAUGGUGGUAGGUCAUAUAGGGGUAUCUGAGCCCCUGCUGCUAAGUGAGAUCACAUUAUUUAUCGUCCAUACCAUUACUUCUUGUGAACAGAAACAUGUCACCCCUCCUGGCAGGAAAGUUUCUCAUUGUCAGAUGUUUGUGCUUCUUUUCAGAAGGUUCUUACUUUUUAAAUAGUGUUCUCAUUUUAUCCUA